CCCCAACAUCCAAAACCAAAACCAAGUCCAACAAAAAGAAAACCACAAGACCUCAAAUAAAUAAAUAAAAAAUGAACCUCCUCCUCACCGGCGCCUCAGGAACAAUCGGCUCCACAAUCCUCACCCAAACCCUCUCCAACCCCCACAUCACAUCCCUAAUCCUCCUCGUGCGUCGUCCCCUCACCAACCUCGCUCUCUCCACACAUCAAGAAUCCGGUCGGAAGCCAGAAGUAAAGAUUAUCAUCAUGGAGGGCUUUAAUAUUUACCCUGAUGAGGUGGUAGAUGAGAUUGCGGGGUGUGAGGCGUGUAUUUGGUGAGUAGCAGUGAGAGAGAGAGAGAGAGAGAGGGAAAGCGGGAAAGUGGUGGGAGAGGCUGAUGAGAUGUAGGGCUAUGGGAACGUAUACUGGGGAUUCCGUGGUGGAAGUGGAGUACCCUACUGCGUUUGCGGAUGCUUUUCUUCGGCGCCAGAGAGAGGGGAGAAAGGGAAAGGGAAACGGGGGUUUAGAGAGGAAAGAAAAGUUUCGGUUUGUGUUUUUGAGGGGUGCGUAUACAGUUGAAGAUCAAGAUAGGAGUUUGUGGUUCAUGCCAUCGGCUAGGAGGGGGAAUGUAAGUCUUAGACUCUCGUGCUUUUUUUCCCUAUCCCUGCCUACUCGUUUUUUCCUCUUUCAUCCACUUUUUCUCCAUACUACAAAGAAAAAACAGACUCCUAAAUUUAACUCUCACGAGACCUUCUUAAUACAUCGCUAACAACUCACCCCGCACCCAGGGCCUAGGCGAAAAAACCCUCCGUCUCUACGCCCAAGAAAACGCCUGUGAAGACAUCUGGCAAACCUACAUCAUGAAACCGGGGGGGAUACUACCGUCUUCCAUCCUGCCCUCCAUGGGGUUUAUCUUGAGACCGGUUAUGGAUGUUGUGGGGGCUAUUAGUAAGUCUUGCGUUAUCUUUUUCUUUAGGAUAUCCUUCCUCUUUGUUGUUUUUUUUGAGGGGGGGGGGUUGAUGGGAUGGGGAGUAUUUGGUCUGGGUUAUGAGAUAGGUAUAGGGCUAAUAAGCAUAGGAAGUAACGAAGUCGCAGCAUGUAUCGUGGAUAUCGCUGUCCAUGGAUCAGAAGAUGGGAAGUUCGUUUGGCAGAAUGGGGAUAUGGUUUUGAGGGGGAGGGCUGUUUUAGGAGAGUGAUAUGUCGGGUAAAUGUAGCUAUCCUUUUUUUUUUUGGUAUCUUUAGGAAGGGUUGUAGGGUAGGUAAACUUAGUAGACAUCAAAACGGCAAGCAUUCUUCAC